UAAGCCGCGAGUUGCACAAACAUUACGACAUCGCGAGACCAUAUGUGUUGUAGGCUAACCUAACUUCCACGCACAUAACGCGCAAACUUUCGUUACCAUCGCCUGGCCAGUGUAAUUCAAAUCAGUUCCAUCACAAAAUGUCACUAUUUAAAAACACAAACCAUUUAUCACUGGCCCUUGGUGUAUCACUAUGCGGUCUGGGCGGCUAUCUGAUCUAUCAGUACUUAAAGAGUGAUAAUGAAAUAAGUUUACAACUGAUAGUACCUAGUGCAUAUGUCGGACAUUUAAUCGGAAGGAGAGGCCACCGAUUAAAAGCCCUGCAGGACCAGAGCGGAGCAAAGAUUGACUUUCAUGAGAGGUCCACAGGUCCCACCACUGAAAGCUACUGUGUCAUCCGAGGCACGCAAGAUUCCGUGUGCCAGGCCGAGUUUGCAAUCAAAGAUAUCAUCGAGGAGCAAAAAGCGACACUCUGUGAGCAUAUUAGUAUUCCAGAAAAGUUUGUGAGUCGAUUAAUCGGCCAGGAAGGUUCCACAAUCGGAGCCAUUUGUGAUCUGACAGGCGCACGUAUUAAUGUCGAGAAGACAUCAGGCACUGAAGUGCGACAGAUUGCCCUGAAGGGUACAAGAGAACAGAUUGAUUUCACGAAACAAUGCGUACAGGAACUCAUGAAUGACCACAUGCAGAUGAUUGAAUCUUUAGAGAAACGCACACCGCGAGCGCAUUGUAAAUACGCGGAGAAACUUGGAGGUGUUGAAAGUUCAACAACGCCUUUCGAAGUGUAUGUGUCUGCAAUGGUAGAUCCAUCACGCUUCUGGUUGCAGAUUGUUGGCCCAAAAGCACAGCAGCUUGAUCAACUUGUCGAGGAAAUGACAGAUUAUUACAAAGUGCCCGAUAAUCGCGACUGGCAUAAACUGAAAAACGUCGAAGUUGGCGAUUUGGUCGCCGCUACGUUUUUCUACGACGAACGCUGGUACCGCGCAGAGGUACUGGAAAUAAACGACAACCUUGCUGAGUUGUAUUACGUUGAUUACGGCGAUACAGAAAAAGUAGCGCUUGCGGAUCUGUACGAACUUAAAGUAAACUUCCUGAAGCUACACUUUCAGGCGAUUGAAUGUUUCCUUGCACGAAUCGAACCUGUAGAAGAAACAUGGACGUCUGAAGCAGUGGAUCGUUUCGAAGAGUGGGCGCACGUCGCACAAUGGCGGAAACUAUCCGCGAAAGUCGCCGAUUAUUCCUUCCGGGAGCGCACGCGUGCCCAGCGCAGCGAUUCCCCGGUGCCCGGUGUCGAGUUGUUCGACGUCGUCAACGACGCGGAUAUUAAUAUCGGUGAGGAAUUGGUGCGUCAGGGUUACGCCGUGCAUAGUCGCGCCGGUGAGAGCAGUCGUAGCUUAACAAGUUCUGACUUGGAGCGAAGCUAAUCGCGGUUUUGAUUUCAUUUUCGUACAAACAAAAAAACUUGCUGCCUAGGGCAGGACUAGUACAACUAUACUAAUAUAAGACAUCGAAUUGUUCCUUCGCUUGAAACGGUGAUAACGCAUACGAGUGCAAUUUACAAACUAAUCUUAGGCGGGUUUUUGACUACAUGGUUUUGAACUUAUCAACUUAAUCGUGACGAAUUUUAUAGAGCAAGUAAUAUUUCGAGUGACAUGGAACAAGUUUUUAUAAACGGUAGUAUGUAGUCCGUACAUGUGGUUUAUCGUUUAACGCAUUUGCAGAUACAUGGUUAAAACUUAAAUUUAAACAAACGAAAAAAAAAACUUACGUGGUACGUGGUAGAUUGCAGCACAAUGCAUGAAAUAUUAUCAAAUUCGACUUUUUUCCGCGCGCGCACUUAUCGAAUUAAAGCCGGCUGCCAUUUUUUUAGAAUUAUAGACUUUUGUUAACUAUUUAACGAGUGAUAAGUGCGCGAGUGCUGCGUUUACUAAUCAUAUCUCGCCCAACAAAGAUCGUGAUAAACUGCAUUAAUGUAAAAAGUAUUAGUAAUUGAUUUGUAAAUAAGUAGGAAUAGCGGACGGGCGAGAGAGGAGAAUGAUGAAUUAGCUUAGAAUUGUUUUGUUUUAACCGACUACUGUUACAUACAGGGAAUGCGUUUGUUUGUUUGACUACGAUAAGAAGUUUUAAUGAAAUUAAAUCAGGUUUUUAUUGAUACAAAAAGAAAGAAAACAGGUGCAGCUUCGCUUCUAGUAGUUGUUUUAUUAAAUUACCAAACAGAUUGUUUAUAUUUAUAUUAUCGAUUACUUUUUCUCGGGUUUUUCAUUUGUCUGAAACUCUAGUUUCGUACUAUAUAAUAUUUUGUGUUUUUUUUUUGUUGUUGUUGUGAAGUAGAGAUUGUGUACACAUCAAUCUUGAUCGAAUCGAAGACUAAUCCUGUUUUUUUUAGUUAACUGGCGAACGCAAACAAACAAAUGUCUACGUUCGCUUAUCGCGCGCGACGUGUUGAAAGCACGCUGGCGCAAUGAAUGUUUUAAACAUCGAAGGUACAAUUGCUUUUAUAGUUUAAAAAAAAAAGUGUUGCUAUCAGCGAGCCUCCUCCGCGCAUGAAACAGCAUUUUUUCACUCGACUGACGCGUACUUUCGUCUCUGCACCUUUAAAAGUUUAAAACCUAGCGCUAGAACUUAAAAUGACGAACAGUAAAUCAUCAUUGUUUAAUGUACAUAUAAUUUGACAAUCGCUUGUCAUUCACAUGAGCAAAGGAUCUUGCGUGGUAUAAAAAUGUAGCGUGGAACACAAUUCCCGUUUUUUUUUGUUUUGUUUUGUUUUUUUACAUGGAAUAUAAGUACAAGUACAUUUCGGUCGGAUUCGACAAUCAAGGAAUGGCGAAACGCUUGUGUGCUUUUGUUGGUUGUCGAGUCCAGACAGUGUGUGUCGACAUCUAGAAAAUUGACAAUAUGCGUCCUGCUACCACUACCGUUAUCAUAGACAUGAUAUGAGCUAAGAAACGCAAUGGAGUAUACACACGUUUGACUAUGCGCGCGAGUGAUAUAUAAAAAGGGCAACAAAACCGUCGUUUAUUUAUCUAAAUAUAUUAAUGAAUUGUUAAUUAAUAUAAACGAACCUCAAUCAAUAUGAAAGUUCUCUCAAAUACACAAAAAAAUACAUUCAAUGUUUCCUGGA